AAGAUCCAAUAUGGCGGAUGGAGAAGCAUCGAAAGAACUCACUGCAAAACAGCGUAAAAAUAAGAAAAAGAAGGAGGCUGCCAAACGUAAAAAGCAGGAGCAAAGUCUUAAGGAGUCUGUCGAAGGAAGUGAGAAACACGAUGGAAAGGAAACCCAAGAAAACUUCGAGUCAGCAGAGGACAAGUUUCAUCGAGAGCUGAACUGGUGUAUUGAACAGCUUGAGAUGGGCCUUGCUUUUCAGAAGACUGACAAGAAACACGCCGAAGUUGUACACCGUCAUUUACGAUCUCUAAAGUCUUCCAAAACACCAAUGCCAAGAAAACGACAACUGAUGUUUUCACUGUUUGGAGACUACAGAAAAAAGAUGGAAGAAGACAGAAGAAGGGAAAAACAAGAACCAUCUGUGAAUCCAAGACUGACUACUGUCAACAGGGAAGAACAAAAAAGCAUUUUUGUCAAAGUUUGUCAGACAAAAUGCAAAGAUUCAGAUAAGGAGAAAGCCACAGACAAAGAAGAGAUUCCUUCAAACAAUGUCUGGAAGUUUCAAACAUCUGAUAAUGAGUUCAGAUUUGAUUUUGGUGAUUCAAGAAGCUAGAAUGUCAGUUGGACCAAUUUACUUUUAAGUAAUGUGGAAGUUAUGUGAUGCAAGGAUGCAACAGGUUAAGGAGUAGAUGAAAGCAAGGCAUACUUCAGUAAGAGCAGUUACCACCAGCUUGUCGCAUAUUUCAGUCAGAGCAGUUACCACCAGCUUGUCACAUAUUUCAGUUAGAGCAGUUAUUACCAGCUCGUCACAUACUUCAGGCAGACCAGUUACCACCAGCUUGUCACAUAUUUCAGUAAGAGCAGUUACCACCAGCUUGUCACAAAUUUCAGUAAGAGCGGUUACCACUAGCUUUCUAGAGAGAGUUAGUAAGAGUGGUAUGUUAAAGUGUACUUUCAGGUAAACCAUUUCAUUUCAACUCAACUUGGUGAAAAACUUCAGUUAAGGAAAUUGAAUUUUUUUCAGGACAUAAAAUUUUAUUUAAGAGAUUAAUAGGAACUACAUUUCUUUUUUUUGGUGUUCAUUUCAAGGCUAGUUUCAAGCAAUUAAUCAGUUCAGUUGAGGAUGCAGUUAUCAUGUUGAGUUCAAAGUUUACUUUGUUUCCAAGCCUCUUGUCUAUGUAGUGUUUUCCAACUUUUACAAACUCAAAGAGAAGUGCCUGCAUUGGCAGAUUGUUUGAAAAAUGUAUAAUAAAACUGAAUAAUUAUUGAAUUCAGUUUUCACAUGAUAUUGUGAACUAUCUAGUCACCUUGUGUCUACAUUAUCAGCUGCCUCUGCCUUCGACUUUGGCAGAUAACUCUGACUUUGGUCUUGAUAAUUCAUGAUAUCAUGCUCAACCUUAUCCAAUAACUACUAAGCGUUAGACAAAAACUAUUUGUCUGUAAAAUGUGUACGUAACCACAGAAUUUCUACUCUCAGGAUUUUAUAUUAACAAUUGGACUCUCUCCUGGGUGUUCUCUAUUCCGAUUAACCCCCUAAGAGUGACUAGUAUUUCAUUUCUUCUUACAGUAUCACCCCUGAAUCAAAUAUUAAGGUCAUAAGAUUAAAAAAUGAUCACCAGCCAAAGAAGGUCAUGAUUGUUGAUCAAAUUCUCCUCGUCAGCCUCUUAGGAUAUGUACAGAGAACUUAUUGAGAAUAUGCAUACUGAUGUUAGGGUGUAAAGGGUUAAAUCAGUCAUGAUUUGGUGUCAAAUCCAAAUAGCACCUUCAGUUGAUCUAGUUCAUAGCAUUGCCUUUUCUAGUCAUCUUUCUCUAGCCUUUUAAGGGUAGAGUGACAAGUGUCUAAUUUCUCCUGUGAGUAUAACCACUAAAUGGCUGUGAAUAUAUGGAAAUCAUAUAUGUGAACU